ACGUUUCUCACGGAGUGAUGAUCUCUAUUGUGUCCCAGAAUUUCAGCUUGAAUCGGAUUGUUUUACUCUUGGUUGGCUUAUGGCCUUAUCAGAAUUCAAAACUAGUUCAGCUUCAAAUAAUCUUGUGCCUUGGUACUCUGAUUAGUUCCGUCGUAUAUCAAUUCGCGGUUUUUAUUUCUGCAGACUGCACUAUCAAUCUUAUCUUUAAAGUCUUCUCUAUCGCAUUAUUUUUUUCUAUGUAUGUGAUAGAAUACAACUCUUUUCGAAUUAAUAGACAAGCCAUGAAGUGGUCAUUGGAACAACUUCAGUGUAUCUGUAACGAACUAAGAGAUGAAAUAGAAAUCAACAUUAUGAGGAAGUGCGGAGACCAUGCGAAGCGCUAUGCAAUUUUGUUUAUAUCGUUUCAAAUAUUCAAUUUACUGUCUAUUGUUUUAUAUCCACUUGCACUGUAUAUUCUUGAUAUUGUCUUGUGCAUAAAUGAAUAUCAUCUAAAUCAUGUGAUACAGAUGUUUAUUCCUAAGCACUUCGUCGGUCGAAAAAAUUAUUUCUAUCUAAUUUUCUUACAUUCCGGCGCAACAAUUUGUAUAGGAGGAACAGUUAUAAUAGCAACAUUAAUGAUGUGCAUAACAUACUCUAAACAUGCCUGUGGAAUGUUCAAAAUUGCCAGUUAUCGCAUUGAAAAGGCGGUAAAUACGCCGAAAAUUGAUCACUUAAAGAAUGAAAUUACAAUGUACAGAGAAAUAAUUGAAGCCGUAGAUAUUCAUCGUAAAGCUAUAAAGUCCACCGCAAUUUUCUUUUCUAGUUUUCUACAGUCGCGUUUUGUCUUAAUAAUAUUUGCUGUAAUUACUUUGAGCCUCAAUCUUUACGGAAUUUCUGAGACUAUUACGAUUGGACACGACUUUCAGGAUGUUAUGUUUCAUGUUUUAAUUGUUGCUGAUAUUUUUCUAUAUAUGUUUAUUUUAAAUUAUGCUGGCCAAGAAUUUACGGAUUGCAAUGAUCACAUAUUUCUCACUUCGUACAAUGUUCGGUGGUAUGUAGCGCCAUUACACGUACAGAAGCUGAUAUUGUUCCUCUUGCAAAGAGGUAACAAAACUGUCAGUCUUCAUUUUGGCAUGAUGUUCGUCUUAUCGCUGGAAUUAUUUGCAACGUUAACGAAGGCAUCGAUAUCCUACUUUACCCUUAUGUGUUCAAUCCAACAAUGAUGCGAAAAUUUUUCCGAGUUGAUAAUUGCAAUUAUACAACGUGUUGCAAUUUGCGGUACAGUAGGUGAAUGUAGAAAUCCAUUUUUUUCAGUUCUGUUUAACUGUAGAAAUAUAAAGUUUCUUUCUUUUAAUUGUGAAUGCAGUGUACAUGACAUUUGUAGAUAGAAAUUAGUCGUUUUCAUUAAACUGAUUAUACUUACAAAA